AUGGCAAGCGCCAAUAAAGAGCUGCAGGGCUUGUGGUGUCGUCGGUUUGUUUUGGCCCGCCCCUGCCGCGAGAGCCCCGCCCCAAACGACGAGAGCGGCGCGCGCUAUAGCCCAAGCGCGGGGUGGACUUGCGCCGGGCUGCAAAAAAAUGUAUAUAUGGCCGUUCUCUUCGCAAAUUCCGUAAAUGCCCGCGGGGCGGUUCCCUAUAACGCGCCCGCGUGGGGGCGCCGCUCAGGCAAACCGGUUUCCAAAACCCGUUUCAAAAAGAAUUUUUCCUCUACAGGGCCCCCCGCCUUUCCCCGGGCCGGGGGAGGGAGCCGGCUUUCCCCGGCUCUUCAGGGCGGGGAGGCGGGCGCCACGGUGUUUUUUUUUUUGCACCGCCCAAAGCGGAGAAAAUUCCAGGGUGGCAUUUCGGGGCCUGCAGCGGCCAAAGCACCACCCGUGGUGGGCCGGGCUUCGUUGGGAAAAAGCCGUUCGGGCCGGGGCGCCUUUGCAUUCGCAUCGGGGGCCAUCCGGGGGGAAAGGCGCGCGUGGG